GGUGUGCCUUAUUGUUGUCACUUGACUUGAUAAUGAGUUGUUUGUGUGUCAAAGUCCAGAGUGCAGCUGUGUAUGUGUGAGACACAGACUGAACAGUUUCUGUGGAUCAACAUGGAGGAAAAGAAGAUUUUGUGUGUCGGUCUGGUGUGUCUCGACAUCAUCAACGUGGUCGACAAAUACCCAGAAGAAGACACAGACAGCAGGUGUUUGUCGCAGCGUUGGCAGCGAGGAGGAAACGCUUCCAACUCCUGCACGGUGCUGUCGCUGCUCGGAGCCUCGUGCGCCUUCAUGGGCUCACUGUCUGCUGGACCUGUGGCCGAUUUUAUUUUGGAGGAUUUUCAGAAGUUCCAUAUCGAUGUGUCUCUGGUGUCUGAGCACGCUCAGUGUGUUCUUCCAGCCUCUGUGGUCGUCAGCAACAUCAGCACAGGAAGCCGCACCAUCUUGCACAUGAACAGUUUCAUCAUGGCUGACUUCUCGCAGCGUGCGAUUGAUGUCUCGGCGGUGGUUUGGCAGACCGGGGGUCAAACUCCGUGUGCGUGUUGUGUUGUUUGUCCGUCCAGCGGAUCUCGAACCGUCGUUCUCUCUGACACGAACCUUCCUGAUGUCACAGUGGAGGAUUUCUCCAAAGUCGACCUCCGUCAGUUCAGCUGGAUCCACUGGGAGGGCAGAAAUGCAGAGGAGCAGGUGAAGAUGAUCCAGCAGGUCAUGAUGUACAACAGCACGUUGCCACAGCAACAGAGAAUCACCGUCUCCGUGGAGAUAGAGAAGACCAGAGAGCCGCUGUAUCAGCUCUUUCCUCACGGUGACGUGGUGUUUGUCAGUAAAGACGUGGCUCGUCACUUCGGCUUCCUGUCGGCUGAAGCUGCUCUGAAAGGACUCUACAGUCGGGUCAAACCGGGGGCUGUCCUGGUCUGUGCCUGGGCAGAAAAAGGAGCAGAUGCUUUGGGUCCUGACGGUUUGCUCUUACAUUCAGAUGCUUUUCCUCCUAAAACUCUCGUCGACACUCUCGGAGCAGGAGACACUUUCAACUCUGCCGUCAUCUUCACCCUGUCCAAUGGUGGAAGUUUGCAGGAGGCUCUGACUUUUGGCUGCAGAGUCGCCGGCAGGAAGUGUGGUUUCCACGGUUACGACGGCAUUGCUGGAAAGUUUGACGACUGAGUAAAGACUUAAAGACAGAGACGUAUUCAGAGAACUGUGGUUACAGUAUGUAAAGAUGUUGGGUUUUAUAAACACAUUUUUAUUUUUAAUGAUAUGAAAAAGAACUGAUGGUUUAUUUAGCAAUCCAUUUAUAAUUAUAAUAAACAUUAUUUAUAUAGGACCUUUGAAACAGGGAGUGUAGCUUAAAGUGCUUUACAGCAAAGGGAGAAACCAAGGAAGCAAAUAGCAUAGAAUAUGUGAAAAAUAAAAAAGACAAGGGAAAGUAUAGUACGAAUAAAACAUGUAAACUAUGAUAAUAAAACAAACAAAGAUUGACCGUUAUUUACAUUUUCAAUUGUUUAUAAUGUCAUGGAGUUUGCAUCUCUCACAGCUCUUCUGGCUGGAAGAUUAUGAAAGAUGUUAGUUGUGGGGGCGACUUCUAGCUCCCCCAGUAAGAGUGUUCGCCAAGAUUUAUUUUCAAGAUAGACAGAGAAGAGGCUAUUUUCUUUAAUAAUUCAAUAACUUAUAAUUUUGUGAAAUGUUUUAACAUUGUACCUGAUCUUUUGGUGUCUUUGGGUUUGGUUUGGCAUGGAAAUAAAGACAAAUCAAUCAAUCUUACAGCCGUUGGGAGAAAGUUUCAUAGGUUUGGUGCAUCUGAGCUGCCAGUUGUUUAAUUUGUGUGAUAAUUUGCAUUUAAAAAAACGGUGGAAGAGGAUCUAAGAGGCUGUGAAAGAUUAUAAAACAACAAAAAUUAAGUGUUGUAGGGUUAUAGUUAUUUAAUGAAAAGUAAACCUAACUAUUAACAAGCUGCUAACAAAUAGUUUGAAUUAACUGGGAACUGUGAUGCAGUGAGUCUAAAUGAAGUGAAAUGUUAAAAUAAGUUAAUUGCUGUAUUUUUUACCUGAUGAGAAUAAAAUGGCACACUGAUCAAUAAA